CAACACUAUAGGGAUGAUCUAAGAGCAGUUGCUUUUUAGUUUGUUGACGCUAAUUCUGAUAAAACCGAGGAGCUACCCUUACCCUAUCAGGUAAUGUUCUGGAACAAAUCCAUAUCUGCAAUGGCAUGGCGUUAUCCUCAGCCUCGAGCUUUAACAAAAGUUAGGAUAUUCUCGGUACCUUAUAAGAGAACACUCGGAUCUCAUGAUGACCUUCAAGUCCUGUGUCAUUUAGAAUAUUGGUCAGAGUGCAGAAACGCAUAUUUACCGUUCGCUCAGUUUUUCUUAUCAGAAAGUGAAGUAUGCCAUCUAACAUUACCAGGCGGAAAUCCACAACUGAUUGUAGCUUCAACAUGGAGAGUGGUUAUUACAAUGUUUAACUAUAACGAAGAACAAAAAAGAAGUAUCUUAAUAUCCCCCAGAGCUCUAGCGGCAUGCAUACGAAUUGAUUCUUAUUUUAAUAAAUCUUAUACGUGA